AUGUUUUUAAAAAUUUUAAUUUUUCUUUUAAUAAUAAACAAAAUUAUUGCUGAAGAUUCUAAUAGCGGAGAGAACAAUGGAAAUUCUGAUGGUACGAUCAAUGAUGAGUUUUCCGACACUGUUGAUGUUCGAGAAGAGCAACAACCUUCCAAUUCAAUCGACAAUCAAAAUCUUCAAGACCCGCAAUUUAUUAAAGAAGAUGAUACAAAUGCACUGUUAAAUAACGAAGAAGAUAAUUCCAUUAAUGAAUACACAACAGAAAAAAUUAAAGAAGAUGAGGAAAACCAACUAAAUAAUGAAGGAUAUGGUGUAGACAAUAAAUUUCCUGAGGAAGAUAAUGAUGUAAAUGGAUUGGAUAUUAAUACAACUAGAAAAUAUGCUAAUGAUGUAGAUGAUAAUGAUAGAAAUGAAAGUGAUGAUGGUGUAAUUAACGAUAAUGGUGACGAACGUACACCUACAUCUGAGGAACAACAACAAAUUGAGGAAUAUCUUCAAGAAAUGCGUGAAUUUGAAGAGCAAAUGGUCAAAGACAGUGCUAAUUUUAUGAGAAAUUUGGCACAAUUUGUGAUGAGCCAAUUCGAAAACAUUUUUGGUUCUUCUGCCUCUUCACUAUCAAAAAACAAUAAUAAUUUGUUGGAGAAAAAACCUGAAGAAGCACCAACACCUCCUUGCUUAUGCAAAAAAUGUGACAGUAUGACAUUUAUUCAAAACAAACAAAACAAAUAUUUUAAAAAUUUUGCUAAUUAAUCAACAAAAAAUUAAGAAUAAUUUACAUAUUGUUUAUCUCUUUCUUGAGAUUUUGAAUUAUUUAAUACAUUUUUAUAUAAAUUUAAAAUUUUUUUGCGAAAAGUUGAUUAGAUUAAACUUUAAUAUUUGGACUAGAGUUUUUGCGACCCGUUAUUAACCGGCACUCUCGGUUUUCGGUUUUAGCCGGUUUACGACCCCCGUUUAUCGGUUUUCGAUUGACCCCCGAUUUUUUGUUUUAAACAAGUUUAUGACUGAAUUUGUCAUCCAGAAUAUCCAAUUCAUAGUUUAUCCAAU